AUGUCACAGGUCUCAGAUAUCACAUUUCCAGAAGAUAAUGAGAUAUCCAAAGUACAUAAAAGAGCGGAAAUCCCACCCGCAUUAAAGUUCAUUACCAAGUUAUUAUAUGGAUCAGGAACUGCAUUAUCAAUCACUUAUUUACUACUAUUAUUUAUCAUUCAACCCUUAUUAGAAGUACAAUACGAAAGAAGACUGGAUUUCUCAUCAGAUGUUCUCUCAAGAACUAGAGCUCUCCUGGAAAAAUUAAAUGGAUUUUCAAAAUUACCAACUGUUGUUUUCAAAAGAGGUGAUAAAUUCUAUUCUGAUGCUCAAACUCAAACAAAAACUAUAGAAACAAAACAUUCAUUGGUAUCAUUUUAUGAUGAAGAGCAAACCACAAAUGGUUCAGAUGAUAACAUACUUAACACUAAGUUGAAACUUCUUAGAGAAAGUCUUGAAGGUUAUAAUAGAUAUCAUUCUGGUAUUGAUGAAGUAAACCCAUUAAAAUUCCAAAUUAGAAAUUUUCAAGGAAGAAUCGAUGCCUAUAGUCAAGCUAAUUUAUUGAGAAUUAGAGGUCAAAUAACAGGUUUAUCAUCAACACAGCAACUAAAACAAGAUAUACGAGAUAUUAAAGGUUUAUUUUUGACUGGUCAAGUGUAA